AUGAGUUCUACAACCAAGGGCGGAAGAGGCAAGCCAAAGGCUACCAAAUCUGUUUCAAGGUCCUCUAAAGCCGGUCUUCAAUUUCCAGUAGGGAGAAUUGCAAGAUUCUUGAAGGCUGGAAAAUACGCCGAACGUGUUGGUGCUGGUGCUCCGGUCUACCUCUCUGCCGUUCUUGAAUAUCUCGCCGCUGAGGUUUUGGAAUUGGCUGGUAAUGCUGCGAGAGACAACAAGAAGAACCGUAUUGUUCCAAGGCACAUUCAGCUUGCGGUAAGGAACGAUGAGGAACUGAGCAAGCUUUUGGGAACUGUAACCAUUGCCAACGGAGGUGUUUUGCCUAAUAUUCAUCAGACUUUGCUACCUAAGAAGGUUGGAAAGGGAAAGGGAGAAAUUGGAUCUGUUUCUCAAGAAUUCUAG